AUGGAUGAAAAUUAUUCGCGACGACAAUCUCAAGCGCUCCAUGAUCAGCCUCAGCCAUUGGCGAAAUUAGCCAAUAAUCCGAAGAAUGAAAGCGAGAAGAGAGAAGAUGUCGCUGACGACAACAAGAAGAAACCGGUAAAAAAAGUUAGAUGGGCGGACCAAUUGAAUUCCCGCAGCUCGAGAGCACUUCCGAUUUUUUCUCGCUUUUUUUUCGCUGCACUAGUUGGUGUUGGUUUUGCUAUUGUAAUCGGAAUGGCAUGUCGGAAGCUGGGCAAUGAUCAAAUAUUUUACGAGAACAUUGAGGCUGAUGAGAAGGAGGGAAGUGUGGACGGACCCGCUGGGCGGCGACGAUCGCAGAGCGCCCACAAUCAACGAUUGGCAAAAAUAGCCAAUAUAGCGAAAAAUGGUAGGAGUCCAAUGCGAACCUUAGAAACAUUCGUCGGACUAUGUACAGCAGAAAUCGCUGGAUAUAAUCCGAAUGGCGGAAUGUCUGUGAAUGCAAUUCAAAGACAUACCGCAUUUGCACCUCAAACGAACUAUGUGGCGAUCGCAAUCUAA